AUGGUAAACUCGGUGAUGGACCCGUACCUCAACUAUUCCCGUCCCGUCCUCCAGGUUUCGAUUGAACGAAAAGCCCGCGCCCCGCCAAUCACGGAGCCCGGGCCUCUGAACGGCGGGGAGGGGCGAAGGGGAAAGGACGCAGACCAGAACCCGCCCCACCAUGGAAGAAGCCCGGACCAAGCUCAAGCUCAUUUUCCCACCGAACCUCACCCUAGCCUUCUCGGCCAAACAUCCCAGCCGCCAAAAAACACACCCACGAUCUCUCAACGACGUCACCCCGCGACAAAGCGAAAAUCCGUAACCAAAUAG